AUGGUGGAGGAAACGUCAGAGCGACUGCAAACAAACGUAUCACGAACACCUAAGAUACAAGUCAUCAUCUGCUCACGGGCUUUCCACAAACCAACAAGCAAAAUCCAUUGUUUGCCGCAAACUGAUUUAAGUUUGAUCUAUCAAGAGUUAGUUACAUGUAGCAAUAUCAUGGCUACAGUUGAACAAAAAGUUCCACGUUCUUCAUAUCCAACUGCUGACAUGGACAACAAAAAUCCCUUCAUCGACAACUAUGCUGAUUCCAUGUGGGCCGUUCCAAAAGACCAAACUACCCUCCAUCAGCCCACAAGGUCCACAAAACAAGACCACACUUACAACCUCUCUCUCGACUCUGAAGAUUUCAUCGAUGAAGAUUACUACGAAUCCGGUGAUGAAUAUCACAAAUCCAUUCACCAAACUACCCCUGAAGUAAACUUAAAAAAUGUCCUAACUGGAAUAGUGGCAAUUGUCACUGGUCGAAACAAAGACACAACUGAAAACAUUCCCAAUUCCGAUGUUUCAUUCAUGGGUUCCGAAACAAACGGAGACACUUACAUUCACCCAUCCGUUUACAUUCCGAGUGCCCCACCUCUCUUAGAACCAACCGGAAUCAACUAUUCCGCUUACAAAGAAGUCUUGGAAUCCGAACCACCGGAAUGGCUUCGUGACAGCUCAGCUUCCGUCUGCAUGCAAUGCAACGCCCCCUUCACAGCCCUCACACGUGGCAGACACCAUUGUCGAUUCUGUGGUGGCAUAUUCUGUAGAGCAUGUUCAAAGGGAAGAUGCUUGUUACCUGUUAAAUUCAGAGAGAGAAAUCCCCAAAGAGUAUGUGACACGUGUUAUGACAUGCUGGAUCCUUUACAAGGUGUGUUGAUUAAUACAAUCAGCAAUGCGGUCCAGGUGGCGAAACAUGAUGUCAUGGACUGGACUUGUACACGUGGAUGGUUGAAUCUUCCGGUUGGGGUUUCUAUGGAACAUGAGAUAUAUAAAUCUUCAAGUACUUUGAGGAGUUACUGUAAUGCUGCAAGGGUAAAUCCGGAAAGAUCUAUUCCUGCUGCAGUUAUGAAGGGUGCUAAAGGUCUUGCUAUUUUAACUGUUGCUAAAGUUGGAGUGUUGGUUACUUACAAGAUUGGUACUGGUUUGGUUUUGGCUCGAAGGUCAGAUGGUUCAUGGUCUGCACCUUCUGCUAUUGUUUCAGCCGGUCUAGGGUGGGGCCCACAGGUUGGGGGUGAACUUAUGGACUUUAUAAUUGUGCUUCAUGAUUUUAAAGCUGUGAAAACGUUCUGUUCUCGAAUGCAUUUUUCUCUUGGAGCUGGUUGUAGUGCUGCUGCGGGACCCGUUGGGAGGGUUUUGGAAGCUGAUGUGAGAGCGGGUGAUAGAGGAUCUGGAAUGUGCUAUACUUAUAGUUGUAGCAAAGGUGCAUUUGUUGGAGUGUCAUUGGAAGGGAAUGUUGUUGCAACAAGGAUGGAUGCUAAUCUACAGUUUUAUGGGGAUCCGUAUUUGACAACGAGUGAUAUACUUCUUGGAACUGUGGAGAGGCCAAAGGCUGCCGAACCAUUGUAUGAUGCUCUUGAAGAUCUUUACUCUAAACUUCAGUGUUGAUGUUGGACCUUGUUAAUGAUCUAUAUGUACAUAUUUGAUAUUUCUGGUGUAUAAAAUCUCUUCCUCCCAAAGAUCCAAACAUAGUUGAAACUUGAAACUACUUGUUACAACUUGACAUUUUAUGAUUUAAGGAAAUACAUGCUUGCAAG